GAACCUCGCAUCCUUCAUUAUUUUUUUUUGCAUUUUUUGCAUACAUUUUGUAGUAUUAUGAAAAAUAUUAUCAGCCAGGAACUAGAUAUAUAAACAUACAGCAUUAAGAAUUAUGGUUAAUAAUCAACUGUUACAGGUCUUACAAGGCCCGUAUGACUCUGAGAACGUGACAAAUAAGAUUCAAUCACUUUUAAAUCAAAUUCCAUUAAUAUCCAAUGCCAAUAUCAUAACAAACUCAUCAGACUACACAGGAGAUGACAUUGUCAGUUCAAGCUUUUAUUAUACAGCCAACAAUUAUAAUUCAGUUUAUGAAUUACUUACAUCUAUUAAGUUAGAAAGAGAUGAAAAUGUAUUCUAUGUAAAAGCUAUACCAUCAGAUGUUGUAGUAGUAGAUAAUUCAUUAUCAUCACUUAAUGUUAAUCAAUUAAGUCUACAUAAUUCUAAAUUAAUAUUCAUCCUUACUGAAUCUACAUUUCAAACAAUUCCAGCAUUAACCAAUAAAGUUAAAAAUUCUCGUACUAGGAAACUUAAACAUACUAAAAUUGGUCAUGGAGCUAAACAAUUUGUUAGUUAUAAUUAUCAAAUAGAUAUUGAUUUAAUUAUUGAUCAUGGUAAGUUCAAUAUUGAACCUGAAAUAGCGUACAUUAUCAAUAAAGAGUUUUCACAAGUUCAAAUUGAAGUAUCAUCUUCAUUCACUAUUGACUAUUUAACUGAAUUCGCAAGUGUGCCACAAUUUAAACAUACUACAAUAGAUCCUACUACAAUUAAUCUUCAACCAUUUGAAUUUAAUGAUAUCAAUAAUAAUCUUGGAGAUAUUUAUGAAUAUUUUACUUUAUUAACACUUAAUUCAACAAAUCCUCAAUUACAAUUAACUAAUUCUAUAGAUGAUGCGUUAUCUUCAUAUCAGAUACCAUCAUCAUCAAUUGAUACAAACCAAUCAUCACCAUCAGUUCCAUUAUACAAACACAACAUUAUUAAUGUCAACAGUCACUAUAUAUCCCAUACCAUUCUAUCACAAUCCUGGAAACUUUUAAGUCUUCAAACAUCUGGCAUACACGUUAUUAUCUAUCGAGAUACUAAAGACAAUACAUUCGUAUUUGAAGCUCGAUAGAGGUAAUAAAUU